GCCACCUCAAAUCAUGAUGGGAGCUAGUACUACAGAGGAAUGUCACAGCAGUGAGUCUGGAUGGACCAUGUACAUUGGGUCCCCAAUUGAAGAAGAGAAUGAUCAUGAGGAGGAGGAGGAUUUUGAAGGAAAUUAUCAAGGUGAUCCUGGAUUUGAAAGUGAUGAUUCCAUGGCUUCUGAUGCUUCUUCUGGGCCAAGCCAUUAUGGAAUUCAUGCCUGUGGGUUGCAGAAGGAGGAAGAGGAAUAUGAUGAGGAUCAUGAUGAGUAUUGUUUAGUUAACCAUCAUCGUCAUCACGAGAAAGCAAGUGAAAACAAACAAGUAGCAGAAAAGAGGGGAGAAAAGAAAGAGAUGAUUUUUCUCAACAGCAAUGGUGAGGCUCAGGAGGAAUAGUAUCCGGAUUGGAACAAGGAAAUAGAUGUAUUUUCAGCAGCGCCUUUUGGCUUUCACUUGUAGUAGAAUUUUUUUUUUUUUUGUAACAAUAGUUGCAAUUACGGUGCCAUAUAAGCUUCAUUUCCACACUCAUUAUAUUGUACUGUUAUGAGUUGAAUCAAGAAAUCAAGGUCAAUGCAGGUUGCUUAAUUAGCCUUUUGUUUAGCCAUUAGUAAUU